UCCGGCCCGGCCAUUGUGUUGGCGUCUGCGGGCUCCGACUGCGUUCCGCGCCCAGGGCCCGAGGCGACGGUACCCCGGUGAGCGGACCGGGGGUGGGAGGGAGCUGCCGCCCGGGCCGGGGACGCUCCACAGCCGCCUCUCCGUCCCGUGCCCCGGACCCGGUGCCCGGCCGGGAGCCUGCACCUGCCGGUACAGCGGGGAAAAGGCACACGUGGCCAGAAAUCGAAACCUAGAGAGAAGUAGCUUACCAAGGUUACUGAAAUGCAUGGUGACUAGCAGAGAUGCCCCAGCUACCGUUAAGGUGCGGCUUCUCAGAGUUCAGUAUGUAAACUGGAAGAAAGUCUUCUCCCACUUCGGUGUCAGCCAAAUGAGCCACAUUCAUUCGUUUACCAGAUGUGUACCUCUGUGUGCCCUGUACGCGCACUUACAAAAAAAGAUGGGGAAUCAGGCCUGCACUUUGAGUCCUUCUACGAAAUGGAGAUGCAGUGUGAACCACAAAAACAGUGUGAGAAGUGUUCUAGUAGAGGUUUGGAUGAAAAAGGUGACACCCCCAUCGCCCUGUGCCCCCAACUCUGAAAACAGUUCCUGAGACCUGAAGUACAAAGCAUCAUUUUAAUUGGACAAACUGCAGCUGAAACAAGUUUCCCUUUGAGGUCCCAAUGGCCACCCAAGGCAAGGGAACUUUAGGCCUCAUCCCUAAGGGUGCUGUUUUCCAGAAACAGGAGGGGCGCCAGACCAUGAAGCAAGAGCCAGGGAGCCAGACCUGGGGUCAGGGCUGUAGUCUCCAAAAGAACCACCCACCUGUCUGUGAAAUUUUCCGGCUGCACUUUAGACAGUUAUGUUACCAUGAGAUGUCUGGGCCACAGGAGGCACUGAGCCGGCUCCGGGAGCUCUGCCGCUGGUGGCUGAUGCCAGAGGUACACACCAAGGAGCAGAUCCUGGAGCUGCUCGUGCUGGAGCAGUUCCUGAGCAUCCUACCUGGAGAGUUACGGACCUGGGUGCAGCUACAUCACCCUGAAAGUGGUGAAGAGGCUGUGGCUGUGGUGGAGGAUUUUCAGAGACACCUCAGUGGACCAAGAGAGGAUUCAGCUCCUGCACAGGAACAGGAAAUGCAUUUGGAGGAGACAACAGCCCUGGGUACAACAGAAGAAUCUCUUCCUACCUCACCCUUCAGUGAGGGUUCAGCCUCUAGAGCCCGCCUGGAGCCUCCUCAUGACCCAGGGUCACAUCUCUUCCCCAGUGGGCACUCUGGUCUGUGUGCUUCGCAGGUGCCUGCCCUUUCCCAGGCUGGGAAGUCAGGAGACCAGGCAGCAGCUGUGCUUCAGAUGGUCAGGCCCCAGGUGUCUGCAGCGUACGAGUUCCUGUCUGUGGACUAUACUGAGAGGAAGUGGAAAGGUCCGGCAGUCGGUCAGAGAGCCAUGUACCGGAGCAUCAUGCCGGGAAAUUAUUGCAGCGUGGCCUCAUUGGGUGACACUAGGAUGCGGUGUUCAGAGUUGCCUGUGAAGCUGGCAGUUUCUAAGGGACCAGAGUCAUCUGAUGGGACAUCAAGAGGGCUCUCUGCAGUAGUUUCUGGGGAACCAGAGGCAGGAGCUGCCUGUGAAGAUACUUCAGAGAAGCUGGAAGGGCAACCCUCAGAUGAAGAAGGGAGCAGACUGGAAAAUGCUUUCUUCAAAAUAACACAUGAGGACAAAGAUAAAUUCACAAAAGGUGGAUGUGAUGAAUAUAAAGAACUUGGGAAGCAUCCACACCUGUCCCCUAGUGCUGCAGCACAUCAAAGAGUACUGAAGGGACAGAAAUUAUAUCAAUGUGAUGAAUGUGGUAAAGCUUUCAAUCGGAGUUCACACCUCAUUGGGCAUCAGAGAAUCCACACAGGAGAGAAACCCUAUUCAUGUAGUGAAUGUGGUAAGACCUUCAGGCAGACCUCUCAGCUCAUCGUUCAUCUCAGAACCCACACGGGGGAAAAGCCCUAUGAGUGCAGAGAGUGUGGAAAUACUUACCGACAUAGCUCCCAUCUUAUUCAACACCAGAGACUCCAUAAUGGUGAGAAACCAUAUAAAUGUAAUGAAUGUGCAAAAGCUUUCACUCAGAGUUCCCAACUGAUUGACCAUCAGAGAACCCAUACUGGGGAGAAACCUUAUGAAUGCAGUGAGUGUGGUGAGGCCUUCAUUCGGAGUAAAAAUCUUGUCCGUCAUCAGGUACUUCACACUGGUAAAAAACCUUACAGGUGUAGUGAGUGUGGGAAAGCUUUCUGUUCUAAUAGAAAUCUUAUUGACCAUCAGAGGAUCCACACUGGGGAGAAACCUUAUGAGUGUAAUGAAUGUGGCAAGGCCUUCAGUCGGAGUAAAUGUCUUAUUCGACAUCAGAGCCUCCACACUGGAGAAAAACCAUACAAAUGUAGUGAGUGUGGGAAAGCUUUUAAUCAGAAUUCUCAACUUGUUGACCAUGAGCGAAUUCAUACUGGAGAAAAACCUUUUGAAUGUAAUGAGUGUGGUAAGGCAUUCAGUCUGAGUAAAUGUCUUAUUCGACAUCAGAGACUUCACACAGGUGAAAAGCCAUAUAAAUGCAAGGAGUGUGGAAAAUCCUUCAACCAAAACUCACACCUCAUUAUCCACCAGAGAAUCCACACUGGUGAGAAGCCGUAUGAAUGUAAUGCGUGUGGGAAGGUCUUCAGUUAUAGCUCUAGCCUCAUGGUACAUCAGAGAACCCAUACUGGGGAGAAACCGUAUAAAUGUAGUGAUUGUGGGAAAGCCUUCAGUGACAGCUCACAACUCAUUGUGCAUCAGAGAGUUCACACUGGAGAGAAGCCCUAUGAAUGUAUUGAGUGUGGGAAAGCUUUCAGUCAGCGUUCCACUUUUAAUCACCACCAGCGAACUCACACUGGAGAGAAGCACUCAGGUCUGGCUCGCUCAGUUUCUUAAGAUGUAAUUGUCCAAGGGACUUCGAGUUCAGCUUUUUUUAUAAGAAGGAUGUUUACUGUGAUCUCUUAAGACUGCACAUCAGAAUGUACCAAUCUUUACAUGCUUUCUAGUGAGCCAUGAAGGUGGGAGGGUGGGAAUCCUCAUGUGUAAUUGUUUCCACUUUUCGGGAAGUAAACAUUACACAUUUCAUGUA